AUGUUGUCGGCUUUGUGUUUUGGACCACAUCUUACAUGGUGUCAGAAGUGGGAUAGACAUCGGUGCUACCCUCGACUACUAGCUAGCUACCUAGGACUUGGAGCUGUGUUAUCUCAGAAACAGGAGCAAGGAAAGGUCAUCCUAAGUUAUGCCAGAAGAUCGCUACGGCCAAAUGAGAAGAACAUGGAGAACUAUAGCAGCAUGAAGCUGGAGCUGCUAGCCCUCAAGUGGGCAGUAACUGAGAAGUUCAGAGACUUGUUGUUGGGGACAGAGUGCUCGGUUUACACUGACUGUGAUCCGCAAAGCUAUGUGCAAACAACGGCAAAGCUGGGAGCUACAGAGAUGAUGUGGGUGGCUGAAAAUUUGUCCAAACUUCAACGAGAGGAUCGCUGCAUUAGCCAGUUCAGGACCUACUGGGAUAGGAACGUUAAACCGUCCAAGCGGCAGGCAAAUAGAGAACACCCUGGUACAAGGAAGUUAUUCGCCCACUGGAAGCAGAUUUUAGAAGAAGAUGAUGCCAUACCACUAAAAGAUCAGACUGCCAAAAAAGUUGCGCGAACUAUGGUAAAGGAAUGGUUUGUUCACUAUGGAGUACCUCUAAAAAUACACAGCGACCAAGGACGCAAUUUCGAAAGUAGUCUAAUCCAUGAGUUGUGCAAUAUCUACGGAAUCUUGAAGACCAAAACCACGCCGUAUCACCCACAAGGGAAUGGCAACUGUGAACACUUCAACAGGGCCCUUCACAAUUUGUUGCGUACUCUCCCUCCGGAGAAAAAGAAAAAGUGGCCGGACAUGCUUCCAGAACUUGUGUGUGCUUACAACUCUACCCCUCACGCAACCACAAGAAACAAGAUAGGAGACGUUUGGGGGUCCAAACCGUAUAGAGUGGCAGAAGGAAAUGACUUUAACGAGUAUGUUAUUGAACCACUCGACGGGGACGGGCCAAGCAGGACAGUACACAGGAAGGAAUUGCUCGACGCAAAGACACUUGUGGUUGACAUCCACGGAGGACUUAAACAAAGAUGCAGGGUGCCAAGGAGGCGGCGGGUGAGGUAG